AUGACGUCACACCUUCCCUUCGGAAGGCAUGAUGACGUCACACCUUCCCUUCGGAAGGCUCCCUUCCGAAGCUUGGAAGGAGACCUCGCGAUGACGUCACACCUUCCCUUCGGAAGGCAUGAUGACGUCACACCUUCCCUUCUGAAGGCUCCCUUCCGAAGCUUGGAAGGAGACCUCGCGAUGACGUCACACCUUCCCUUCGGAAGGCUCCCUUCCGAAGCUUGGAAGGAGACACGCGAUGACGUCACACCUUCCCUUCGGAAAGCUCCCUUCCGAAGCUUGGAAGGAGACCUCGCGAUGACGUCACACCUCCCUUCCGAAGCUUGGAAGGGGACCUCGCGAUGA